AUGUGGAUUAACAAUAACAACAACAACAACAAUAAUAAUAUUAAUGAAGAUGAAAAACUAAGAGGAGCAUCAACAACAACAACAACAUUAUUAUCUACAGAUAAGGAUAAUCAACAAAAUUAUAAUUUAAAUAAUCAAUUUUCUAACCAUCAACAACAACAAAAUAAUCAUUUAUGCCCAAUUUAUGAACAACAAAGAGGAGGAAUACCAACAAAUUUACAGCAAAAACAACAACAAAAUUUAAAUAAUUCUGGUAUUCAUAAACACCCACAAAUGGCUAAUAAUGUGCCUUCUGGAAGAUAUCAGGUAUUUAGGAUCCUUCUCAAAGGGAUAACCCCAAGGUACCGCGAGGCUAAGAGCUAUAACUUCGUUCAAAAUUAUAAAAUCCUGGACGUCCUGGUAUGUUUUGAUUCAGCUCGUCGAGGAGCAUCUAACCAUACAAGGGCGUCUCUGAUUCGAUAAUUUUGAACGAAAUUAUAGCCUUGGCCUGCUCCGUUUUCCAAUAAUAUUUAAAAGAAACUGAAAAAAAUAGUUUUUUUUCUAAAUUUUUAAUAAAAAUAACUGGGGAUGACGAUAAUAAUAAAAAAUAAAUAUUAAUCAUUUU